AUGGGGCCAUCAAAAAAAGAAGAGAAAGAGCAGAGCGUAAUCCUGAUCAGUGAUGAUGAAGCCGAGAGCACGCUUGGGAGUUCUGUUCUGUUAGUAGACCCGUUGGAGAAGUCUGCCCUGGAAGAGCAGAAAUGUGAAGAAGUUGUGGAUGAGGAAUGUGAACUAAUGGUUACUUUCUGUAAACAAGCAAAAUUGAUGCCUCAUGCAAGAUAUGACUGUACAAUACACCCCUUUGAGCGAACAGAAUGUGAUACUUGCUCACCCCUUGGAAAAAAUGCUGAUACGUGUAAUCAGUGCUACUGCUACAUUUGUGAUAAACUAGCUUCUGAGGCAGAAAGAGAGAGUCCUAAAGCUGCUGCGGUCAUGUUUCUGGGAGCGGCUAAAGAGAUAGCACUUCAUAAAGACCCUGCCUUAAGCUGGCAGAACCUUGGUCAUACUGCUUCAUUAAAGAUUGCUGUGCCUUGUCUGUUACAAAGGAUCACAACACAACUUCAGAGGAUGCUGGUGUUGUGUGACUUUCCAAAGAAUUUGUAUGAAAAGUUUGUGAAUUUUUUUCAGUCCAUCUCACUUCCAUGUCACUGUUUUGGCUUCUCAAAUAGCUUGAAUGUUGUGCCAUGGGACCAUGUAUUACUGACCACGGUUUUAAAAGGCCAGAACAUCACUGGUCAAAGAACACAGAAAGGAAGAAAAGUAUUUCUGUGGGAAACACUCCCUGUUAUAGAGGCUCGAGUGGAGAAGUUGGUAGACAAAAAGAACUAUAAAGAAGUUGUUCGCUACCUGAGAGCUGUGAAAUGCAAUGAUACCAAAGGGUUAAGAGACCUUCGAGAUAAAAUCCCAUUCUACUUGUGUAAAACUGGAGACUUCCUCGAUGCUGCACAUUCGCUGCUGUUUCCCGUCAAUAGCCUCGCCUGCUGUACUGCCUGCCGGAUAACGCCUUUUCAGUUUGAGGUCUACCUGAAGAUGUUCAGAACAGGCAGCAUCCCCACUGGGAAGGAUAUGCUAGACUCUGGGCCCUGGAUUACAGUUGGGUCUCCUUUGAAAGAUGGUGUUCUACUUAAGCAGGCGCUCAAACUCCUUUACAGCAAUGUGUCACUGUACAGGAAUCCUAAAUGCUGGAGUUCCCUCAUCAUGAUUUUGGGUAGUAGCAGUUUGCUGGAAAAAAGUGGGCACCUACAUCCUCUAUCCCUGAAAGAGCCACCGCUUGACUUCCAAAAGGGGGUGCUCGCUGCCAGUGGCAGCCUUUUGGAGGAACUGAAGGCAAAAAUUAAUGUUUCUUUCCCACCUGCUAUUUUCUCCCCUCAUUUACACCAUGAGGCUUGUCUUAUUCUCGCGGUGCAAGCAGUACAACAGAUGCUUUUUUGUGAUCUUCCAUACUUGACUUCCUUCUUAGAGAUAGCCCUGGCUUUUGGGAAUAACUUUUGGGCUCUGAGGCUGUUAUUGGACCAUCUUUCCUAUGAAGAACAUGUUCUCCAUGGCACUGUCAACCUGAUUUUGAGAGAUCUAAAUCGUCAGAAAGCAACAAUGCUAAAACUGUGGCAAAACCUUGGUCCACAGUACGUGGGUGAAUUCCUUUGCCUGUUCCUAACUUGCAGACAUAAGAAGAUGCAAUCCAUUGGCCUGUUCACUCUCAAUAUUAUUAUGGAGAACCUGCAUAU